GCUACUUAAGGCGUCGUGGCCUCGACCGCCCCGCCUUAGCUCCCGCGCUAGAGAGAAACAUGUAUCGUUUCCGAUCACAGCUCUUCACGGGGAUUUCUGCUGCCGCCACCGCCCGCUCUUACCCCCGCCGCUUCUCGCCCCUGUUGUUAGCCGAAGACUCGCCUCUCAGCCGCCCGCCGCACAGACGCACGAGUAAAAAGUGCAGCUCCAUCGGCUGAUCCUCGCUAAGCUCCGAUCUUAGGCGGCACCGGGCGUCCCACGAUGCCGAAGAAUAAGAAGCGGAACACUCCCCACCGCGGUGGCAGUGGUGGCGGCGGCGGCUCAGGGGCAGCUGCAGCGACGGCGGCGACAGCAGGUGGCCAGCAUCGAAAUGUUCAACCUUUUAGUGAUGAAGAUGCAUCUAUUGAAACAAUGAGCCAUUGCAGUGGUUACAGUGAUCCUUCCAGUUUUGCUGAAGAUGGACCAGAGGUCCUUGAUGAGGAAGGAACACAAGAAGAUUUAGAAUACAAGUUGAAGGGAUUAAUUGACCUAACCCUGGAUAAGAGUGCGAAGACAAGGCAGGCAGCUCUUGAAGGUAUUAAAAAUGCACUGGCUUCAAAAAUGCUUUACGAAUUUAUUCUGGAAAGAAGAAUGACUUUAACGGAUAGCAUUGAACGCUGUCUGAAAAAAGGUAAGAGUGAUGAGCAACGUGCAGCUGCAGCAUUAGCAUCUGUUCUUUGUAUUCAGUUGGGCCCCGGAAUUGAGAGUGAAGAGAUUUUAAAAACUCUUGGACCAAUCUUAAAGAAAAUCAUUUGUGAUGGGGCAGCUAGUAUCCAAGCUAGGCAAACUUGUGCAACUUGCUUUGGUGUUUGCUGUUUUAUUGCCACAGAUGACAUUACUGAACUGUAUUCAACUCUGGAAUGUUUGGAAAAUAUCUUCACCAAGUCCUAUCUCAAAGAGAAAGACACUAAUAUCAUUUGCAGCACCCCUAAUACCGUGCUUCAUAUCAGUUCACUUCUUGCAUGGACACUGUUAUUGACCAUAUGCCCAAUCAAUGAGGUGAAGAAAAAGCUUGAGAUGCAUUUCCAUAAACUUCCAAGCCUUCUCUCUUGUGAUGAUGUUAACAUGAGAAUAGCUGCUGGCGAAUCUUUGGCACUUCUGUUUGAAUUGGCCAGAGGACUGGAGAGUGAUUUUUUUUAUGAAGAUAUGGAGUCUUUGACGCAGAUGCUUAGGACUUUGGCUACAGAUGGAAAUAAGCACCGGGCCAAAGUGGACAAGAGAAAGCAGCGGUCGGUUUUCAGAGAUGUCCUGAGGGCAGUGGAGGAACGGGAUUUUCCAACAGAAACUGUUAAAUUUGGUCCUGAACGCAUGUAUAUUGAUUGUUGGGUCAAAAAGCACACCUAUGACACUUUUAAAGAGAUUCUUGGAUCGGGAAUGCAGUACCAUUUACAGUCAAAUGAAUUCCUUCGCAACGUAUUUGAACUUGGACCCCCAGUGAUGCUUGAUGCUGCAACACUUAAAACAAUGAAGAUUUCUCGUUUUGAAAGGCGUUUAUAUAACUCUGCAGCCUUCAAAGCUCGAACCAAAGCUCGAAGCAAAUGUCGAGAUAAGAGAGCAGAUGUUGGAGAAUUCUUCUAGAUUUUCAGAAUUUGAAGACUAUUUUCUAAUUUCAUUUUUUUUUCUAUUUCUAAUGUAUUUAAAUUCUAGAGACAGUUUUUAUCUUGGAUUAACUUAGCUAACUUUUGUAGUAGGGGUUAUUGCUUAUAAUUUAAUGUACAGUAUUGAAAAUGGUGAGUUCUGAUUAGUGAGUAUUCUCUGUAAAUAUAAUCAGUAAACAUGAAUAAAGUGUUUGUAAUGUUC